GACACACCCCUCUAUCCAACCCCUUCUCUCUCUUCUCUCUUCUCUUUCUCUGUCGCCUCUCUUCAUCUUCCUGCUGCAUGCGGCCAAUAAAUGGCUUCUCAGCUGAGAUUCUUUCUGCUUUAUCUGACGUUCAUAGCUUCUUCCUCUUCUUCAAGAGCAAUCGCCUCAACGUGGAAGCAAAAUGAGCCCAUAUCUCCAUCCCAGUUGGAGAUGUUCGUUGAUGAGCUUCUGAUUCUACCUAAAAUCCAAGCUUUUGAUCUUGUCAAUGGCGUCCCCAAGCCAAAGCUUCUGAAUAUCGGCAUGUUCAAGAAAAAAUGGAAAUUCCACAGAGAUCUUCCUCCAACUCCUGUCUUCGCCUACGGUACAUCGAAGCUGACAGCAAGUAUCCCUGGUCCAACGAUCGAAGCCCUUCAUGGAAUUGACACCUACGUGACGUGGCACAAUCAUCUCCCUUCAAAACACAUUCUUCCUUGGGACCCCACUAUCCCCACAGCCAUUCCCUCCACCAAGAAGGGCGUUCCUACUGUGGUGCACCUCCAUGGUGCUAUCGAUGAACCCGCAAGUGAUGGCAAUGCAAACGCAUGGUUUACCGCUGGAUUUGAAGAAAAGGGUCCCACCUGGGUUAAGACAACUUAUCAUUAUCGUAACUUGCAACAGCCGGGGAAUUUAUGGUAUCAUGAUCAUGCCAUGGGGUUGACACGUGUUAACUUAUUGGCUGGAUUGCUUGGUGCCUACAUUAUCCGUGAUCGUCAAGUGGAGGCCCCACUUGGACUGCCUUGCGGUGAGGAAUUUGACAGAUCGCUGAUUGUUUUUGAUCGUAGCUUUCGUAAGGAUGGUAAAAUCUACAUGAAUUCCACUGGAAAUAAUCCCUCUAUACAUCCACAGUGGCAACCUGAAUAUUUCGGUGAUGUUAUCGUAGUGAAUGGGAAGGCUUGGCCACGUAUGGAAGUGCGACGUCGUAAAUACAGAUUCCGUAUAAUCAAUGCCAGCAAUGCUAGAUUCUUUAGAUUCUUCUUCACUAAUGGUUUAGGAUUCAUCCACGUGGCAUCUGAUUCAGUGUAUCUGGGAAAACCUGUCAUGACCAAUGAGACCCUAGUGGCCCCAUCUGAAAUUGCUGAUGUGGUGGUUGACUUUUCAGAGUCAAACUCUGAUAUUGCCAUUUUGGCAAAUGAUGCCCCGUUUCCUUACCCAUCGGGAGACCCGGUUAAUGAUAAUAAUGGUAAGGUAAUGAAAUUUAUCAUAAAGAAAGAACACCAGGUUGACACAUCACAGGUGCCUGAUACAUUGGUCAAAUAUCCACCACCUGAUUUAUCCAAUAUAGCACAAACACGGUAUAUUGCUAUGUACGAGUAUACGAGUGACAUUGAUGAGCCUACUCAUCUUUACAUCAACGGAAGAUCAUAUGAACAACCAGCAACAGAGACACCUAAAGCUGGGACCAAUGAGAUUUGGAAUGUGAUUAAUCUAACGGAGGAUAAUCACCCAUUGCACAUUCAUUUGGGGUUGUUUGUGGUGUUGGAUCAAACAGAGCUUGUUAACUUGGAGAAGUUCAAGACGUGCAUGACAAAAUGGAAUGAUGCGAUCAAGUGCAACAUAAGCAAGCACGCACGUGGCAAAAAGAUAAAGGUGCCAACACAUGAAAUGGGGUGGAAGAAUGUGUAUAAAAUUACACCCGGAUACGUGACAAAAAUACUAGUAAGAUUUUCUUACAUACAUUCAAAUGCAUCGUAUCCAUUCGAUGCAACUGCAGAGCCAGGCUACGUGUAUCAUUGCCACAUAUUGGAUCAUGAAGACAAUGUAAUGAUGAGGCCCCUCAAGUUCAUCAAAUAAUUAGGGUAAUGUUGUAAUUUAAUAUGGUAAUAGUUGUAAUUUGAAACAUUUGCAGACAGAAUAAUAGGUUGUUGUUUUAUUACUAUUUUAACCUUCCAUUUUCAAUAAUUUAAGUAAAUUUCUACCUUAA